UUGAUAAAAGGAUAUGUAGAAGGGUGAGCCGGUUAAGGAUCGAUUCAGACAAGGUGGUAGAUUGUACGACAAGCGACAGGUUUAUUCAGAGUAAAGAUAUCUGGUACAGCGUAUAUACGGGCCCCUCUGUUAGCUCAUCAGAGACUAGCAGAAAGGAACCUUGCUAACAGUGAGUACAAGCUUCAUAUACACAACAGAAAGUAGGUUGAUUUCUAGGAGAUCGGAUCUUCGGAUUGGAUCAGGCUGGGGUGUAGUCAUCCGGCAUUGGCUCUGUUGUCUGUCCGUCAUCGUAGAAUCCUGCCAUGCCUGUUCUUGGUCGUCACACCAUGUUCAGCUGAAAAGGAGAUCUGGUGUGUGCGCUAUCUUCAGUCACACAAUGUUCGGCUGGGAGGGAGAUUAUGUGUGUGUGCUAGUUUGUCUCUAAGUCUAGGCUUUCUGCCAGUCUGUGGGUGUCUUAUCUGGGUGUCCUCGGCAGCUAUGUGUGUAUUGUAUGUGCGUCGUCCCUGUCUUCUGGAGUCAGUGUGUAAGAGCGUAUGCGUCCCUGUCCUGUCCUCAAGAGUCCGUGUGUAAUGUGUGUGCGUAAAUAUCUUCAGGGGAGUUGUGGAGGAACUGCCGGCUAGCACCUGUGGCUAGGAGUAUCCUGUUGUGACAGUGUUCUGGAUGAUCUAACUGAAGCACCAUGGUAACAAAACGGCAGGCCCUCAGAGCUGUUGUACUUUGUCUGGUGCUUGUUGCUGCUGUCAAACUUCUGCUUUCGGAAUACAGAACUGAAAGGAAACAGAAGUUAGCCACCAUGGAUCCUGGCUCAUUUUGGCACCAGGGGCCAAAGGUGAAGGAGGCUGUUACUGUACACAAGUCAGAGGAUAUAAACUCUUUGUUUAACUGGGCCCAGAAACCAGAGGUUCCAGAGCCUCCAGUAAAAAAAGAAGCAGGCACAGCACCUCUGGAAACCAGCAAAGUCCCUGCAAGAAUAGUGCACCUGGAUCUGAAAGGUGCUGCACCCAAAGUCAAAUACAUGAAGCAGAUCUUCCCGCUCUUCUCCUCUCUGGGUGCUGAUGGUGUUCUGCUAGAGUACGAGGACAUGUUUCCCUAUCAUGGAAACCUGACGAUUCUCAGGUCACCGUAUGCCUACAGUAUGGAAGAUAUAGAGGAGAUAAAGAGCCUAGCCAAACUCAACAAGCUGGAACUGAUUCCUUUAGUGCAAGUGUUUGGACACCUCGAGUUUGUGUUGAAGCAUGAGAGGUAUUUCCACCUGAGGGAGGUGAGGGCUUUCCCUAACAGUCUGAACCCCCACCAUCCUGGCUCUGUGGCUCUGGUCAAGGACAUGGUCUCCCAGGUCAUGGACUGUCACCCUGACGCACGCUGGUUCCACAUGGGGGCUGAUGAGGUGAGGGGUCUGGGAGAGAGCCAGGACUCUAAAAACUGGUUACAUAGCAAUAAGGGGGAUGUUGGGAAAAUGUUCCUGAACCAUGCAGUGUCAUUGGCCCGUUUCAUCACAGAGAGAAGGUCAGGGGUCAGAGUGAUUCUGUGGGAUGACAUGUUGAGGAAGAUCAGCCCUGCCACUAUUAAAGAGUCAGGCCUGCAAGAUCUUGCUUCCCCAACAAUAUGGAACUAUUUGAAGAAAAUGGAUACAGAUGGUAUUGGAACAUUGAUAUCUAGAUACCAUGAGGCCGGUUUCAAGGGUAUAUGGUUCGCCAGUGCAUUUAAAGGGGGCACAGGUAUUGACCAGCGAUGGACCCCUCUUGACUAUCAGCUACAGAACCAUCUGUCCUGGAUAAAGGUCAUGAACUCUAUGACCAAAUACCCCUCCAUAACCCUCCAUGGCAUCCUGCUAACAGGAUGGCAGAGGUUUGAGCACCAUACCGUGUUGUGUGAACUCCUCCCAGUUGGCAUUCCCUCCCUGGCUAUGUGUCUACAGAGCUUAAAGCAUGGUGCAUUUGAUGAAAAUGCAAAGAUGGAGGCUCACCACAUACUGGGCUGCAACAUCAAGGUGGAGAAAGAUAUCUGUGAGGGGAGUGGAGCCUUCUCAGGCUCUCAGAUCUACCACAUGGUGUUUUACAUUCACACAAACCUGCAGAAGGAGGUGGAUGCCCUCAUGAAACACUACCACAUCAAAGGGGGUUUCAGUCGCUACCACAGAAAAUAUAAUUUUGCAAAUCCAAGAAUUAUAGGAUUCUUCCAAGGUCAGCUGAAGAAACUGUUGGAUAAGUGGGAGACGUACAUAGAGAACUUCCGUAUGGAGAUGGAGGCGAUCUACUUCCCAGACACAGUGGAGGAGUGGAUGGAGGAGAAUGUCAAUGCCAACAUGGAUCUAUUGAGAGAGAACGCCCGGGAUGCCGAGCGAAUCCUAAAGCUGAACGGACAGCCCAAGUCACUGAAGACCUUAUAGUGACUGGUCUUGUACAGUCUCCAGACCUGAUGCCGUUGGGUUGUAACUUUGCACAUAGUACCUGUUGAUGGUAUGUCUAAAGGAGUUUUUCAAGACCGUGCGACUUGACCAGGAAAUACUCUGGACCAUAGUUAUGCCGGUGCCUGUUGUAGCCUGUAACUAGGGUCCACAAUUUGGCUCUCUGGCUUUACAAGCCAUUAACUGUUUGAUUGUGCUGAAUAGUAACGUGUCACAUGGCUCAUAUUUACAUUGCAAAUCAUGCUCUUUGUAUACAGUAUGGUAGCAGAAUCUGCACUGAAUCUGUUUCUUUGUAUGUUUGUUUUCCUGUUUGUUUAUUUGUAGAGGGGAGUUCUGAUGAGACUGAUAUUCUGUUAUAACACCGUCUGUAUUACAUUAUCAUUAUAGGUUUCCUGUUUGUUUAUUUGUAGAUCCUCCCUGUUGCCACAUAAUGAUGCAACUAAGGGUUUUGCCAGUAACCAUGGCAUAAUAUGUUUUUACUGCUUGGAAUUUUAGCAUGAGGGCCUUGGAUGGUCUAUGAGUUAUGAGCAGAUAUACAUGAAUUAUUAAGUGUAUGCUUGAAUAUGAAGACUACAGAAAGGAACACUGAUCCUGUUAUGACCAAAUUGCACUGUAAGAUUCAUGCAGUCUAUAUUAUACUGCAAUGUUAACAUGCCUUUACAUGCCUUUAGAGCGUAGAUCUUUAUGUUCUAUUGAUAUGUUGCUGCACAGUCUCAGGUUUAAACACUGUCUGAUUGUACAACAUUGUUGAACAUUGGUCAUUACAAAUUAAUUGUGCAGUCAUUACAAAUUGAAGAUUGUGUAUUUUGCACAUAUUAGUUGAUUAUGCUUGAUUAUCAAGUUUUUAACUUGAUUAUUGUUAUUUUAUUGUUAAUACUUGAUAUUUUCUUUAAAGAGGAGCUCUGACAGUUCCCUGGAUGUGUAGGUUAUGGUAUCAUAUUUCAAGUUUUGGUCACUUUUGGUUACCUUUAUCAUAGCCUAAAAAGUACAUUGAUUCAUAGAUUUAUAUGAUUUGAUUCUGGUAUGUGAAUUCUGAGAACUUAAAUAAAUGGGGUUCAUACGCA